CCCAUCAACGCUCGCUACGCGAAUAAGGAUACGACACUUCCCCGCGGUGGAGGCAAGGAUGGAAACUCACCCAUCCUUAUUCCCAAGGGCUCUUCGACCGCUUUUUCCGUGCAUAUCAUUCAUCGCAGGAAGGACAUCCGGGGUCCCGACGCGAACGAAUUCAAGCCGGAGCGGUGGGAGGGGAGAAGAGUUGGGUGGGAAUACGUGCCUUUUAACGGAGGCCCGAGAAUCUGCAUCGGCUAG